GUGGCGGCUGAUCGCAGCUGUGGAAAAUAAACGUCUUUAUUCAUAUCGACGCGAUACCACUCCACGAAAAACGCGACCUGACAGCGUUCCAGACAGCGGUAGCGAUCAGUUGGAACUUGUCGAGUUUGGCCGCAGAUCGCCAUCAAUAUUUUGGGUACAUUUCAUACUUUUUUUGAUAAAUAUGAAUACUACAACAGAACAAUUAAUUGAAUUGAUUAAAAAACAUAGAAUUCUUUAUGAUUUAUCACAUCCGGAAUAUAAGAAUACCAGAAUCAAAAAUAAGGUUUGGGAUGAAAUAGGAGCUUUGCUGAAAAUAGAUGGUGAAGAUGCAAAGAAAAGAUGGAAAAAUAUUCGCGACUGCUACGCAAAGCAUCUUCGAUCUGAAAAGACUCAUACAGGUCAGAAAGCCAAAAAUAUUGAUCGAUAUAGAAGUUGGCCUUGGGCUGCUCAGAUGUCAGCUUUUAAGCCGUUCUUGCUAAGUAAUGUUGAGGAAACAGUUAAUGAAGAUACUCAAAGUAGUCAGGAGGAGAAUCACUUGAGUAGAAGAGAAACUGAAACAUAUGAAUUAACCGAAACAUAUGAAAAUAGCUCUGAUGUAGAUCGGUCUAGGUCAUCCGCAAAUACUACGGAAAAUUCAACCAUUACUCCUCAUCUAUUGAAAAAAACUGCACCUAAGCGAAAAUUUGUACGAGAGAACAAUGAAUCAUCCGUUUCUCAGGUUUUGUCAUAUUUGAAAAAUAAAGAUAACAAUUCACAGGGUACGAGUUAUGACGACCUUCAUUUGUUAUUUUUGGGACAUGCUAAAGCGGUUAAAAAACUAUCUUCAAAACGUCAAGCUGUUGCAAAAUAUCGAGUUGCGCAAGUAAUAAUGGAAGAGGAAUUACGUGAUAUAGAGGAAACCACAACUGGUUCAUCCUUUUCAGUAACUACAGGUACCAGACUUCAUACACCUUCUGGCGUAAAUUAUCAGCAAAAUUCGACAUGUCCAAUAAGUAAUCAGUUUUCGAAUUCACCACUUAAUUCAUAUGCUGCCACCUCACCACCGGAAUCGGAUAAUUCUCAAACAUGCUCAGAAGCAACCACAUGGUAUGAAACUUUUUCUCGAAGGAAUUUAUAAGCUUUUUUUG